AGGAUUUCUAUAAACAAGAAUGCUACAGAAAUAUCAUCCGAAUCCUUUGUCCCAUUUUCUGGCUCUGCACAAUUCACAGGCAACGCACAAUCAUGUGGUGGAUGCCCAUACCUUGGCGACAACUAUUGCAAAUAGUCACAGUCAAUUUCAACAACAGCAACAUACCCUACAUCACCACCAUCAUCUUCACCAGCAGCAGCAGCAACAACAACCACAUUUGCACCACCAUAAUCAGCCACAACAAACUGCCACGGCCUUAUUAGCGAAUCAACAUCACAACACCCACCAUCUACAACUGGCAGCAGCAGCCCAACAUUUGAUCUCUCAUAAUUCGCCAAGCCAACAACAGCAGCUGUUACACUCACCCAUACAUUCACCACGCGAAGGCCAAACAACAAACCCCAACCUGCGCCAUUCCACUACACAUAACACCCCCACACACAGACACACACAACAGUUAAUAGAGGAGGCAGCGGCAACAGUAAAUACAACCCUUGAUGCUGGCAAAUCCUUUACAAUAGCCGCCAUUUUGGGUUUACAAAAGAGUGCCAUGGAGAGCUCGGGCAAAGAGUACAGCAACAAUGUGAUUAACCUUUCAUUAAAUGGUGGUAGCUCAAAUUGUAACAGGAGCAGCAACAAUAACAACGAAGAAACCGUCAAUGGCCAUGAUGACAUAAAUGGCCAACAGCACCACAAUCUAACCACCCCCGAACAAAGAAAUACAGAUGAACCCCCACCACAUUUACCAAUACACCAACAGCAGCAGCAACAACAUCAUCAUCCACACCAUUUGACCCAUGAAUUUCCUCAUCAUCCUCCUCCUCCAGCGGCAAAUAAUGUAAAUAAUAACUGUGAUAGUGUUCCAGUUGCAACGGCUGCUGCAGCCAACGCUCUAAUGAAUCGCUAUCUGCCCUCGGCCAUGGUUAAUGUGACAGGAACAGCAUUUGCCACAACACCGGCUAUGGCUCAUCAGCAACAUUCUCGGGCGAAUAGUUUUGUUGCCGCAGCAGCCGCGGCUGCAGCUGCUGCCGCCAAUGUACCAGGUGCACCAUCGGCAUUACAAAGCCUACAACAACUACACCAACAACAUGCUGCCGCACAUCAGUCGAAUUUGAGUUUUCAACGUGAAAAAUUGAAAGCUGAUAAUAAUUCGAAAAAAUCCUCAUUGAAAAACAAAAGAGUACGUACUAUAUUUACUCCCGAACAACUGGAACGUUUAGAGGCUGAAUUUGAGAGACAACAAUACAUGGUCGGUCCCGAACGUUUGUACUUAGCGCACACACUACAGCUAACCGAAGCUCAAGUCAAGGUGUGGUUUCAAAAUAGACGUAUAAAAUGGCGUAAGCAUCAUUUAGAAAUGACCCAACAGCGAUUGGCCCUUCUUCGACAAACACAAAUAGUACCAGAAAAUAAUAAUACGGAUCAAACAACAGUUAGAGUAGAUGGAACCGAUGAUGAAGAUUGUGAUAAUAUAAAACGUGAAGAGCUUAGAGAUUUAAAAGAUGAUAGCAGGCAAGAUACCGAAUCCGAAUUGUCGGUGUGUAAUGAUUCAAUGGAUGCUGAAAGUAUUUUAGAUGAUGAAGAAGAAACGUAA